UCUGAGUCCAACCGUUUGGACGGUUCCAAGUGCGCUAGGGGUGAUGCUGAUGCUUUAAAGCUAAGGAAUUCUACGCGUCACUCUCUCGCAUUUCCCUUUCCUAAGUCUAGCUCCAAAGUGACUUCAAAUGACAAAAUUGUCACGUGCCGCCUUGCACAGGUGGACACAUGCGAGAUUUCAUCUUCUAAACAGAAGCCUGUGAUUGCAUUCGAUGUUGUCAGGGCGACUUUUGCCGAAACCUCCAGUCUUGAAUCUAUCCUUUCUGAAUUGCGGUCCUCCGACCAUCCUUGUAUCGAAGGUCACCUUCCUAGUAUGGACUACUUUCUUCGAAUACUAGCUCAUGAACGUUUUCGGGAGGACAAGGCAUGUUUCCAGAUUGGUGAUUUUUUGAGCUGUCAGAGCCAUCAAAUCACAUCUGACAUGCUUGUCACCUUGGCAGAUUGGAUGGUGGAAAUCCAAGGAAGCUUUUCUCUCUCCAGUAGCUCUCUUCACCUAGCUUGGGGCCUUCUCUACGCCUUCUUCGAUAAGGCCAGCCGCAUACAGAGAACCGAAGUUCAGUUGUACGCGAGUGUGGCUUUUGUGGUAGCAUGUAAACUGGAGGAGCUGGACUCGCCGGAAAUUGAGGAUUUCGUCUACCUGACAAGCAACGUUUACUCGCACGAACAGUUGGUUGUUGCUGAGCAGGAACUCCUAAUAUCCAUCGACUUUAACUUACACCGCCCGAAUCCCUUCUUCUUUCUACGAUGCUUCUAUCGGGUUAGCUGCAACUAUCCCAUCCAUUGCAUCUUCUGGUUGCCAGUAUUAAAGCAGAGGGAUCUAUUUCUGCACCUCAAGAUACUGGAUUCGCAAAGCGUACAGUUGGACUGCAUGUGUCGUUUUCUGCUGGAUGUGGGACUGCAUGACCACGAGGUGAGUUUGGCACGCGCCUCUAAGAGAGCGGCGGCUGUACUGUGGUUGGCUCGAUGCGUGCUCCGCAAUCCAUCCUACUCUCGCUGGCGUAAGAUGUCACGGAUCGCGGACCUUUACAAUCUCAUUCUUUCUGACGAACGCUUCAGGAAUUUUUAUACCUCGUCUGGUGACUCUUCACGUCAAAAUGACCAUCGGUUCUCAAAGAGUUUCGUCCCUGUUGAAGCUCCCAUCAUGCCCGCGUGUUUUUUAAGAUCAGUAUCUGAGCCCCUUCAUCCAGUUGAAGGGAUAUCAACACCGAAGGAACAACAAUCGCAGGAGAUUCAAGUCCGAAAAACCAUUAACGAACUGCGUGAAAUGGAGAAGCUGCGCUGCCCUCUCUGGCCUUCUCUCCUUCAGCAUGUUACGGGCUAUGAGGAGGAGGAAGUGAUUCCUCUGGCCCUCCGGUAUCAUCGAUGCGCUCUUCAACUGUUAGCUGAAGCUGCUCGUGGUGAGCGUUUGCAGGCUGGAUCGGAGGAGCCGGAGCCGUCAACACAAGAGAAUUGUGUAGAAAUUAAAGAAGAGGCAAGGACUGAAGAAAGUUCUACGAAACCUACUCCGUCUUCGAGACAGUCGCGGCCGUGUCUGGCGGUUUCUCGGAGCUCAAAUGAACGCACAACUUCACCUGGCGGGCACAAUAUCAGACGACACGUCAUCUCAAAGUAUCAUAGGACGUGCUACAUGAGUGUAGCCGAAACAUAUCUGCGGUGCUCUCUCGAAAAUUUGAUCCCACACUUUCCGGAGCUCCAAUGUCCAGACCUAUGUAGCUGCUUUGUCUGUGUUAACCUUUUGGAUUCCAAACUUACUCCACAAGACAUUCAAACGUGA